GUGGCAGAGUGGCGGCAAGAUGACUCGCGGCUGGCCGGGGAGAGAGAGAACGCUACAUGGCAGCUAUAAAACGCCCCGAGAAUCUCCCAUUUGUUCCGGUGCCAAAUCCAGUCCAUUUCCCUCUCUUUUUUCAAACCCCCUCAGCCCGUGCAAGGGAUGAAGUAGCAAGCGAAGAAGAAGCCCUAAGCCCUUCAGAUUUGAAACGUCGUUCUUGAUUCUUUCUCGUUGAGAUGCCGCGCGAGAUCAUAACGAUCCAGGUGGGGCAAUGCGGGAACCAGAUCGGGAUGGAAUUCUGGAAGCAGCUCUGCCCGGAGCACGGCAUCGGCAAGGAUGGCGUUCUCGAGGAUUUCGCCACCCAGGGUGGUGAUAGGAAGGAUGUCUUCUUCUAUCAAGCUGAUGACCAACAUUACAUACCGAGGGCUCUCCUAAUGGACCUCGAACCUAGAGGGAUCAAUGGCAUACAGAACAGCGAACAUAGGAACCUUUAUAAUCACGAGAACAUAUUUGUCUCAGAACACGGAGGCGGUGCUGGAAACAAUUGGGCCAAUGGAUAUCACCAGGGAGAGCAAGUUGUAGAUGAUAUCAUGGACAUGGUUGAUAGAGAAGCAGAUGGAAGUGAUAGCCUUGAGGGUUUUGUCCUUUGCCAUUCAAUUGCUGGUGGAACAGGAUCAGGUAUGGGUUCAUAUUUAUUGGAGACCCUGAAUGAGCAAUAUAGCAAAAAGCUAGUUCAAACAUACAGUGUAUUCCCCAAUCAAAUGGAAACAAGUGAUGUGGUCGUCCAGCCUUACAACUCGCUUUUAACCUUAAAGCGAUUGACACUGAAUGCUGAUUGUGUUGUUGUUCUUGACAAUACGGCACUAAAUAGGAUUGCUGUGGAACGCCUUCAUCUAACUAAUCCUACUUUUGCACAAACAAACUCAUUGGUUUCUACGGUUAUGUCUGCAAGCACAACCACUCUGCGCUAUCCACGAUACAUGAAUAAUGACUUGGUUGGUCUACUUGCUUCUUUAAUUCCGACACCAAGAUGUCAUUUUCUCAUGACAGGCUAUACACCACUUAUGGUGGAGCGCCAGGUCAACAUGAUACGUAAGACUACUGUGCUAGAUGUUAUGAGAAGACUUCUGCAGACAAAGAAUAUCAUGGUCUCUUCCUAUGCUCGUACAAAGGAAGCUAGUCAAGCAAAAUAUAUUUCUAUAUUAAACAUAAUUCAAGGAGAUGUGGACCCUACACAGGUACAUGAAAGCUUACAGAGGAUACGUGAAAGGAAGCUUGUCAACUUCAUUGAAUGGGGGCCUGCUAGCAUUCAGGUCGCAUUGUCCAGAAAAUCACCUUAUGUACAAACUACUCAUAGAGUAAGACUACUCUUUGUUCCCACCUUAUCCUUUUUCAACAUGAUCAUAUCUUGUUUGACUCUCUCUCUCUCUCUCUCUCUCUCUCUCUCUCUCUCUCUCUCACGCGCACACACAUGCACAGGGAAAGAAAGAAAAAGGAAACACAGAGCACACCAUUGUCUUUCAUAAAACCUUAAUGUAUUAUCACUAGUUUUAUUUGAAUUACCUGCUCCUUUGGGUUAGUGGAUUGAUGCUAGCAAACCAUACUAGUAUUCGGCACCUCUUUAGCAAGUGCCUAGGCCAGUAUGAGAAGCUGAGGAAAAAGCAAGCCUUCCUUGACAACUAUCGAAAAUUCCCAAUGUUUGCAGUAAGUUGACAAAUAUCAUGAGUUGUUCCUAGAUGCUUUUAUAUAAUAUGUAACUUUUCAUUUUUAGCUGACUUUAUUUCUAGAUCUUGUGAUAAAUGUUUAGGCAAUUAUUGGGCUAGUUCAAAGCUCUGAGCCUGGUUGUGUACGUAUCCUGAUUGGAGUUUAUCUACUUAUCUGGCCUUUUUUGAUAAGGUGUGAUCCAAAUCUAAUAAUUGUCUCUGACCUGGUCUGUGGUCCAUGAUGUCUGACUUCCUGGACAAUUGGCGGUUUAGUAAUUUAGUUGUCACAACUUCCAUGGUAGGGCUUUCCUCCUCCUUGGGGGCAUGAGCUCUCUUUCUCUCUCUACCUCUCUCUAAAAAGUAUAAUGUACUUCAGUAAAACCAGUUCUGUAAAAUGGCAAGAAGCAGCAACAGUCACGUAAAUGGAAGAAAACCAUCUGGAUGAAAUGAAUUUAGGUCACUAGUUUCUAGAUAUUCAUAAAAUUUGGAUGAUCUGGUAAAGACAUCACGACUGAUGGCAGUAGCAUGAUGAUACUUGCAAGUAAGCUUCUUUCCAUUUGGAUGGCCUCAGGAGUUUGUUCCAUGUGCUUUGUAUACUAAUGUAUUCUCAAGAACAGAUGUAUGGAACACACAAUAAAACAUGGUUAUUCUUGCACUUCUCAAAGCGAUCCUUUUUUAUGUCAUGCUUGCUGGAUAGUCAACUUAAGCUAUACCCCACAUUUCUUGAACUAGAAGUAUGUAAUUAAAGUUAGAUGCAAUUUCAAUGGAUUAUCCUAGCUGUUGAUUUCUGUUAUUGUAACAUUUGUUUUCAGUUACGUAGUCAUGUUGCACUGCUAACUGAUACCAUGGUAGUCCCUCUCUGUAGGCAUACCUGCACAUGUAUGUCUGUCUGCAUUGCACACGUAUACAUGGAAAAUAUGCUUAUCUAUAACAAGCUCCGUCCAUGCCUUUCAUUCUGAUGUCUUCAAGUUUGAGCUGUCCAAAGCAGAACACUGAUCUUCUAAAUUUGACUAGUACAUGUAUGCAUUUGCAUGCAUAAACAAUGUGUUGACUUUUGAUAAAUUCACUAUAUUUGAAUCAGUUUGAUUUCUGUGAGUUUUGUUCUAUCCUGAACAGGAUAAUGACCUUUCUGAAUUCGAUGAAUCUCGAGAAAUAAUAGAAAGCUUGGUUGAUGAAUAUAAGGCAUGCGAAUCACCAGAUUAUAUCAAAUGGGGAAUGGAGGUACAUUACUAUGGAAGCUAAGCCUUUUGUAAAGCAAUUUGCCAUCAGAUAUUUACUGAUAAUGCAUUUCAAACGGGUUCAAGGGAAUGCCAGUGUUGAAGCAGCACAAGAUUCAAAAUUAGUAGUGUGAAAAAACUCAAAGUGAGUCUGGCCUAACUUAAUCUUUGAAAUUCACCAGCACAUUGUUUUGGAAUAAGUAGAGAUCAGUUUCAUCAAACUUUUGUUGCUACCUUGAUAGGCACAAGAAGAUCACGUUGAGUAGUAGAUAAUCUAUUCUCUUCUUACUUUUCUUUUUUGUUCUCAAGUACAUGAAUAUCAGUAUAUGCUGAUAUCCACUUCAACUGUUUACAAAAUGAAGGUGGCAACCCCAUCAUAUUCUCAAAAAAAAAAGGUUAGUUGUUGAACUUAGGAUAGUUUUGCUAAUUUUUGGUCAAGCAUGAUGAUGUUGGACAUUCUCAUUUUGGAAGUGAGGGGAAUUGCAAUUCAUCUAAGGAAAACUGUUAGAAAAGUGACCUGUUUUUAGGUGAAAAUGCUACAGUUUGUAUGACAAAAAUAGUGAAACAUCACGUCUGUAUGGUCAUUGUUUUCAUCAAGGAAGGCUCUAUCUUCUGCCCUCCUUUACAUCAUUUCUUUAUAGUUGGUACCUGAUCUUCUAGCUCUUGUCCCUCUAAGACCUUAGUUUGAACCACAAGGUGACUCAGUUGCAUUGAAUCAGUGUCUAAAGUACCCUCUUUAAAUGCCAACUUGAAACAUUUCCCAGCAGCAGAGUUCUUGGAUCUUUGAGCACAUUCAAGCAAGUCAUGAUUGCUGUGUGGGCAGGUUUAGAUUAAAGUCUUACUGUGAUUAUAACAGUUGAACUAACAAGUGAUUCUGAAACUAAGAAAGAGAGAGAAGAUAAUCAAAUAGGUCUAUUUGCAAACCAAAUAGAAGAAUAUUGCAGAUAUAGCUAUGAUGGAACAAGUGGGCUAACGCAUCACACUAUCCACCCGUCUGUACUCAUAAGUUAUAGUGUUAUUGCCAAUUCUGGUUUUCAAACAUGUUGAAAGGUUUUGUUUAGUUAUUGAUCCGUAGUAAGGGUGUAAGCGAGCCAAGCUAUAGGCGUAGCUGGAGCUCAACUUAUUUAAUUUUGAGCCAUAACUGAGUUGGUCAUGAAUAGCUUAUUUCAAGAGAUUUGA